AGCCACGUACUCGCAGUCUUUUUGUUUGCCAGGCUCUCCUGGCCUUCAUGUGGUCUGCUACCCUCCUUUCGUCACAGAAAUGAACACCGACACGAGGCGCAUGCUCAGCAAGUUCGAUUCUCGCGGCCAUCCUGACUUUUAUCAGCACUACAGUGACGGACAACUGCGGAUUCGGCUCACCAACCCGAGCGUGGUCGUUACCGCUGCGCUGCUCGUCGUUAGCAUAGUAUACCAGGCAGUCCGCCAACAGCGCCGACUCCCAUCGCUCCCUCAGCUUCUAUGGGACGCGGCAGUGACUGUGAUUCCGGCUCGCAUCCUCUUUGCCGUUGAUCGCUUCAUAAUCCCCCCGCUUGUUCCAACACACAUGCUCAAGACGCAGCCGCCGACCCGCGCCGCCAAGAGCGAAGCCUUGAGGAGGAUUCUCGGGAUCGACAAUGGGGGCGGGAUAAUCGGCUCGGUAUCUCAGGCUGGCCGCCGGAGUCUGAGCAGCCUUUCCGGCGCUGCUCUGGGACCCAAAACCGCGAGCGACCGGCCACCCGGCCUGGGGAACUAUGACAAUUCGUGUUUUCAGAACAGCAUUCUGCAGGGCCUUGCGGCUCUCAAGCCGCUCCCGGCCUACCUGUCGGCAGUCUCCCUCGGGCGAAGGAUAGAAUCCUCUCCGACUAGCACGGUCGACACGCUCCGCGAACUGAUCGCCGAGCUCACCGAUCCUUCGAGCAAUGGCAAGACGCUCUGGACGCCGAGAGUCUUGAAGAAUAUGAAUACUUGGCAGCAGCAAGACGCGCAGGAGUAUUACUCGAAACUCCUGGAUCAGAUCGACAAUGAGAUUGCGAGGGCGACACGUGCCCUUAAACACCACCCCGGGCUCGAAACCGGCCGCACCAGCUACGAUGCUUCGGCGAGCCAACACAGCGAUGAUAGCGGCUAUGAUAGUCUUCACGGCCACUCGAAGCCGGGUCCCGAGCCCCGUAUCACGCGCAAUCCGCUCGAAGGGCUGAUGGCGCAGCGCGUGGCCUGCGUCAACUGCGGCUAUUGCGAAGGGCUGAAUCUGAUUCCCUUCAACUGCUUGACACUGACCCUCGGAAACCUGCCAGAGCACGAUCUCUAUGAGCGGUUAGAUCAUUACACCAAGGUCGAAUCGAUCGAGGGCGUCGAGUGCCUGAAAUGCUCCCUUCUGAUGUGCCGAGAUCUUAUCAAAGCUCUCGCCGAGCGUGCCGGGGCGGUUCCCGAGUUCCAGCGGAGAUUGGAGAGCGUGGAAGAAGCGCUGGAGGAAGAAGCGUUUGACGAAGAGACAUUGACGAAGAAGUGCGGCCUCACGCCGAAAAUGCGGGCUAGCUCGACAAAGACAAAGCAGAUUGUGCUCGCCCGUCCGCCGCAGAGCCUGGUUUUCCACAUUAACCGAUCUGGUUUUGACGAACAAACGGGCUACAUGUUCAAGAACUCGGCCGCUGUCCGGUUCCCCAUGGUGCUCGACCUGGGUCCUUGGUGCUUGGGUAGUACCGAUGCGCGGGUGCACCUGGAGGAGGGCACGGUGGCUGCGCGGGACGUCGAGCAGUGGACGCUGGAUCCCAAGGCAUCUAUGGUUGCGGGAGACCGGGAGCCAUCUAGGAUAACCGGCCCCAUAUACGAGCUGCGCGCUGUCGUCACGCACUACGGACGUCACGAGAAUGGGCAUUACGUCUGCUACCGAAAACAUCCCGUGUUUUCGCAUGCGGUGACGAACAAGCAGGAAACAGCCGAGACGUUCGAUGAUGGGGUAUGGCAGGAGAAGGAGGAGGUCGACGAGGGCAUGAUCUUGGACGAGGCGACAAGACAGGGGGAUGACGGGAAUGGCGCGAGCGAGGCUGAUGAGUCGGCAUCAGCUCGGGACAGCCCGCCGUCGCAGUGGUGGCGGUUAAGCGACGAGGACGUAUACCCGGUGGAUGAGCAAACCGUCCUCUCCCAGGGUGGUGUCUUCAUGCUCUUUUACGAUUGUGUGGAUCCCAACCCAGUCCUGGUUUCGGACAUCGACAAGCCUACCACGGAGGAGGAGCAAACCGCAGACGAUUGCAACAUAACCGAUGCGGCCGCUGCAUCCCGCGUUGCCACUCAGAGCCCAAGCCUUGUGCAGGAAGAUGGAACAUUGUUGGAGGACCCGGAUUCUUCGGUGGUGCUCGGCGAUCCCCAUACCCCAUGCGAGACGGUGGGAUCAACAAAUACCGCAUCGGAGGAUCCGGGACUAGUCGAGACUGCUGGUCAACCGCAACCUGCCUUGCCAACUUCCGAUGGAUCCGCGGCGACACCCACCCCCGGUGUUCCGACUCUGGACGAGGUGGGGGGUCAGAAUGUCGGUCCGCCGUCUGCGGACCUGGUUACACAGCCGACGGAUGACGUCGCGAUCCCACAGCCUCUUUCCCGGGUUACUGAAGUCUAGGCCGCCGCAGCGUGCGUAAGGACGAGGAGAGAUUUCUCGGAGUUCCUGCCUUGGGUUGUCUUGCUUGUUGUCAUGCAUAGCGAACGGCGUUAUUGGGUCUUAAGGGGUUCAUGAGGGGCACCGUUUCCCCGCCCAUGCUUGGG